GCGAGCGGAAGCCCCCGCGCUGGUGAGGGGCACGCCGGGAGCGGCCGCCUGAGGAGCGGGGCGAGGAGCGGCGCGGGGAUGUGGUACGAGAUCCUGCCCGGCAUGGCCAUCAUGGCCGCCUGCCUCAGCGUCCCCGGGCUCGCCACCGUCUUCGUGCAGCGCUUGUCCAACGGCGGCAAGGAGAAGAGGGUGGCCCACUACCCCUACCAGUGGGCGCUGAUGGAGAGGGACAAGCGGCUCUCGGGGAUGAGCAAGCACUACGUGGCCAAGGCAGGUGCCGGGGGCACAGCGUGCUCCGAGGCACGGCUCGGGGAACCCAGGGGGGCCCCUGACAGCAGCGCGUUUGUCCCCGAAGUUAGGGGACGGGUGUGGUGCUGAGACGGCUGUCACCUG